UCCAAUCAAUCAACGAACUCUCGAAUAUAUGAAUUUACAAUGUCAAUUGCAUUACUGAUAUACUGCAUAUUUAUUGAAAUAAUGGUGUUUGUCGAAUCGGCUCCAAAACUUGGGGAAGUCUAUUAUGAUCCCUUAACAUUUGAUUCACCCGAAAGCUUUGCGUCUGAAGAGACAGUAGUACCUAUCUUAAGGAAUCCAAGUGAACUUUUGCACACUGACACAAGAAGGCAAAAUGAAGGUUAUUUGUAUGAUGCAAACCACUGCAAAUAUCUCAAUGGCAGAAUACUUUGUGGCUACGAUAAGAACCACGGUCAAAUGGAAGAUGAGGAGCGCUUCAUUGAUAUGGGCAACGGGUGUUACUCGCGAGGUGAUAGAAUUGAAUGUGGGUAUGGAAACAAACCGCUGAACAACCUCCUAAGAAUACCUAUACACAAAGACAAGGCCAGUGAUGAAAAGUUGGACGCGAAGCAUGAAACAACAAGAAGACAAAUACCAACGAGAACAUCGCUAAGAACAGUUCCAACAACAACAAUGACUCCUAGUCUUGAAAUACGAUCAUUAUUAUUAAAUAACAACUUACUUAAAUCAGCACUAAGUGAAGUAGAAAUGGAACAGAAUAAAUUAAAAAAGAAGACAAAAAAACAUUCAAGAAAAGGAAAAAUAUCAACUACAAUUAUGAUGACUACUCUGAAAACUGAAUCAUCUAGAUCAGCUUCAAGUAUAUUGCUGUCAAAAAUAUGUAAUGACCAGGAGUUCACCUUGUCAUCAGCAUUCAAAUUGAAUGUAACUCUGUUACCAACAUCAACACAAUCGCAAUCGACGGCACAAUCUCAAUCAACCACACCUUCUCAAUCGCCAACACCAUCUCAAUCACCAACACCAUCUCAAUCAACCACACAUCCUCAAUCAUCAACGCAUAAAAUCUUCACCCAGGUAACAUCAGCAGUGGCAAAAACUGACAUAAUGCCAUUACAGCCAGCGUCCAAAGUUGAUCCUAAGCUACCUCUUACUAUCCCAAAUGGUCAAGCAAACCAAACUCUUCCAACAACAAAAAUGGUAAUUGAUUCAAUUCCGUUAGAGCUCCGAAACGACAUAUCUCAAACUCGGCCGGCUUCUGAAACUGACGCUCCUUUAGCAGAAAAGCUUAACAUUGACCAAACGACAGUUGCAAAAUCUGAAACUGAUACACCAACACUAUCAGUCAGUGACAUUGAAUCACUCACAUAUAGUAGCAGCAGUUCCGAGUACUUAUCGUCUGAAACACAACCCAAAGACAACAUUCUAAUAUUACACAAGAACAAUAUUGAAACACCAGAUGUGAGGAAUGGGGAAUCAGUUGAAUCGUUAACGCAAGAAACUCGUGAACAAAAUUAUGAUGAUAAAAAGAAUAAUGAACAUCCUCAGGAGAUUCCUGAUAAAACUGAUAGUGAUGGUGAUUCUAGAAUUAACAAAAACACCGUUGAGACUACUUCAUCAGCUUGUGUUGAGCAAGACGACCGAGUAGUGUGCUACAAUUAUGUGACAGAAGUUUUGGAUGAAGACCGGUAAUACUUUAAAUGUUUUAAUUGUUACUGUAGAUGUACACAAUAAAUACAUAUCUAUACACAGGUCGUAUUUACUUGAUGGAUGAGCUAACAGCAGUGCA